GUUAAGGUUCUGAAAGGAAAGGAAAGGACUGGAGUAUGAAGAAUGUGUGGAUGAAUGAAUCUGAUAGUAAAGGAUUACAAGUUUUAUCCCGGAGACUUGAGGCAGCUACAGGACUCUCAACAGAUAAUAAAGAAGAACCAUUUAUGAUUGGAAACUAUGGUAUUGGAGGUUCGUAUGGAGUUCAUCCUGAUUAUCAUCAUCCAGAAUCAUCAACAGAUAAUCGAAUUAUGACAACAAUGACAGUUGUAUCAAGCCCUGUCCAGGGAGGAACUACAGUCUGGCCAUUCCUUGGAGUAUCAGUAAUAUUACAAAAGGGCGAUACAUUGAUUUGGAAAAAUCUUUCUAACGAAGGCGAUCCCUUAGUUCUAACCCACCAUGCUGCUUGUCCUGUGUUACUGGGAGAUAAAUGGAUUGUUAAUAAGUGGUUAAGUUAUAAUGAGCAGUGGAACAGAAAUAAGUGUAUGAGAACAGCUGUGAAUAAAUCAAUGAAGUGAUUUUGUCAAGAGAUUUUUAGUUUUAUAUAUAAAAUUUGUAAUUUCC